UGCGAUACGUUUCUCAAACUCGGAACUCAGGACACUCCCUGUGCCUGCUUCUGCCCCUUCACCUCUCAGCCCUUCUUCUUCCUCUUCCUUCCCUAACUUCCUCCCUUUCCUCUCUCCCUGCGUCAGCAGCAGUAGCACCCUAGUGCCACGGAAACAGGCACAGCAGCAGCAGCAGCUAACACAGGUUAGGGUUCCCGUUGUUCCAAAUCUCCCAAAAUGAAGGGCCAUGGAUUGCGCUCGCGAACCCGUGACAUGUUUUCGCGCGGGUUUCGCCAGCAUGGUUACAUCCCCGUGUCGACCUACCUGCGAACGUACAAGCUGGGCGAUAUGGUGGACAUCAAGGUCAACUCCGCCGUGCAGAAGGGCAUGCCCUUCAAGUUCUACCAGGGCAAGACCGGCCGCGUCUGGAACGUCACCAAGCGCGCGCUUGGCGUCGAAGUCAACAAGCAGGUGAACACCCGCAUUGUGCGCAAGCGCCUUCACGUGCGCAUUGAGCACGUGACCCCGUCGCGCUGCAACGUGGACUUCAAGGCGCGCGUGAAGGCCAACGAGGAGCACAAGCACGCCAACGCCGAGGCCCGCAAGGCUGCUGGCGGUGCGGCCAAGACCAAGAAGUACAAGAAGCCCGCGCCCAUGACCCUGGAGUACCUGCAGGCUCUGGAGAAGCGCAACGCGCGCGCCAAGAAGUCGGAUGAGGAGAAGGCGAAGCUCCAUGAAGAGGACAGGAAGAAGCGGGCAGUCAAGGCCCUGGAGCCCCCUGCCCCGGCUGUGGUUGGCGGGAAGAGGAAGCCGCUUGGUCCCCGGCCAGGGUUCCUGGUGCCGGGUACGACCAUGGAGACGGUGACGCCUAUUCCGUACGAUGUGGUUAAUGACCUCAAGGGAGGGUAUUAGAAAGGAGGAAUGUGUAAGGGAGUGUAAGGCCGAUGUGGGCGGAUGUACUUGCAGCAGCAGGAUCAGCAUGCUAGGGUGCUGGAGAGCUCUGGCCUCGUGGUGUAUGUACUAUGUACUUGCGUGCGAGCUUGUAGUGUCCAAGUUGGCUGUUGAUCUCUGCUGGCUGUGUUCCCGCUCUUUAUAUUCACGUUUACAAGUGAAGCUGCUGUUGUUUCCAGUUCACUAUACCUAUCUGAUGAAAUCCGUAACUAGUCUAGUAUUUUCACGAGUGCUCAACUUGUAUGGAUUUUUUUUUCUACGAAGGCGCUACACUAGAUCGCGGUUU